AGUCGGGUGUCGUCUCUCUCGCGAUGUUCUGAUGAAAGCCUUGAUUUCUCUUUCAUUUUCUUUAAUUCUCCACGCUGGACGUGUUGGCAAUCUCUGUGACUCUAGUUUCAUUUGCCUCGCUGACUGCCACGCUGCCAACGCAAGUAACCGCAGUUGCCUGAUAUGACAUCCACGAUGCCUCUCGUUCAGCAUCCCUUUAUAUCAACUAAAGACCGGUUUCCACUUUCUGCACACUUGCCCUCAACAAAGUCUUCUCGCAACAUGAAAAAACUCUCCAUCACUCUCCCAACAAACAAUGAUCCUCCCACACUUCCUCUUUCGAACAACAAUCCUCUGGCCCGACCUCGUCGUCCAUCCGUUGUUUCCCUUCCUCCCAUUACAUCCUCCCUUUUACACCGCAAAGAUGAAGACCUGGCUUCUUCUCCCAGUAUCCCUUAUGCAGACGGCCCCAUUCAGAUCAUCCCUGGAAUUUGGCUUGGCUCUGAAGAAAAUGCUCGUGAUUGGAACGGUCUCAUCGAAAGGGGAAUCAAAUCUGUUCUCAACGUAGCAAAGGAAGUGGCUUCCCCUUUUGAUGCUGCAACCAAAUCUCUCCGUACCGUAUCUUCCACGCCCAACUUUAGAAAUUCGCAUGAUCAAGAUCCUACAUACUAUCCCCCACAUAUUGCAUCAGGCAGACCCGCCAUGCAUUACUUGAAGCUACAAUGGUCCCAUGGCCAGCAGGACCUUGUCGAGCAUGGCUUUCAAGAAGCCAUGCAAUUUACAGACGCUGCUCUCCAACGCUCCGAGGCCAUCCUCAUCCACUGUCAAUGUGGGGUCUCGCGGUCGGCUACCAUGGUAAUUGCCCUGGUCAUGCGCGCAGCCGCUGAAAACUCCCCCUCGGUUCCUCCCGAGGUCUGGGCUUUGAAGGGUAUGCAAGAAGCAUACGCUUUUGUAAAGGAAAAAAGCCCAUGUGUGGGUCCCAACAUGCACCUCAUAUAUCAACUUUCGGCGUACGAGAAAAAGUUGAAGGGUGUUUCGCCCCAAAACUCGGAACCGUCUUCCGCCGCCGACGAGGAGGAAGAGGAGUGGGGUCGCCGUCGCCGCAUGUUGGAUGAGCCAUCUCCAGAGGGUGAAGAGCACGGUACGCUUGUCAUGCAAGAAGCUCGUGCACUCGACAAGGCAAUGGAGGAUCGUAUUAUCGCCCGCAAAGCUUCUACCUCUUCGAUAACGUCAACUGGCUCUGGCGUCGGUAUGGGUGCCGUAUGGAGAAGUCGCUAUGGCUCUAGGAAACGCACAGGAUCCAUCGCCAGCAGCAAAACAAACGGCAGCAUCAUCAGCGAAGACCUUGUAGAGGAAGAGGAGGAACGGGAACUUUUGGGCAUCGGUGGUGGAUUCGACGAUGAAGAGGCUCGUUCGCGGCGAAGCUCUGGACUAGAGGAUUCGUCCGUAUUCAACUCUCCGGACGACGAAAUCGAGCAAACCAUCGACGUUCUGCCUGUCGCGGCCUGCGCACAGCCUCCUUCCGCUCCUGUUUGGAGAAAUUCGUUUCAUCUUCCUCCACCAGCUACUGCCGUGCAAACAUCGUUCGAUCUGCCUCCUCGACGUUUGAAACGCCGGCCGCCCCCAAUCGGUGUCCUUCCUCCUGUCCCAUCAUCACCCAUCACCCUCGUUGUCGGACCUGAGCAACCCCCACCUCCCUUAAAACCUGCCGUUCGCCAACGUGCUGAAUCACGCAAGUUGGCCCCACCCCCCUUGCAUCUUCGCAAUAGUGUUUUACGAAGAGCAUCUGCCGUCAUCGAGCCAUCUGUUGCACCUACACCCUCUCAAACCCUCUUCGUCUUUCCUCCUUCACCUACACUGACAACGCGAACACCCUCCACCAUGACUUUGACUUCCAACGUGAGCAGCCCCGUGCCAUUUCCCAGUCUGGCGACCCCUCGGGUGUCAACCUUUCGCUCACACGGUCGGACGCGGUCUUUCAUUGGCUUGGGCGCAUCACCUGCAACGACCGUUGGAUUUUCAAAAGUCGAUGCACGUGGCUAUGUCGGCCUUCCAUAGGAUUCCCGUUAUGCUUAUAUGCCCAGUUUGAAAACUUUGAUGCCUUGAGGUUUUGUUUCGGUCUUACCAAUGCAUCUUUCAUGGACCUGUCACCUACGCAUCACUUUCUCAUUUUAUCAUGCACAGGUUAUAUAUUUCAUCUCUGCUUUCGAACUUUUUGGACUGGCAUCCUUUCAUCUUCUGUUGUACUUGCUUCGCGUUUGUAUUCCGCCUAUGUAUUGAAUGCUAUGGAUCAUCAAAACGAUACCCUCUAACCG